CGUCUUCGAUACUCGUCGAAAUCUUGAUUACCAAAAUAUGUCGGAUGUAGAAGGAUUGUCGAAAGCCGCAGCAGCUACUCCAUGUGGCCGGAACGCGUUUCAUACGCCCGUGGGCCAGGUACAUUCGUCCUUGGCUUUUAGCGCUGGCAUCGUAGGCAGUUUCUUUACGGCCGCAGCUCCGAUUCCUAGCUUCGAAGGUUGAGUGGUCUCCAGCUGGGAACUUUAUGGGCUUGAACACAUGAAUAUAAGUGUCUGGGUCAGACAGCCUGAGGCUUGAUAUGCGGCUGUUCUCGAUUCAUCACGGCUUGCUUCCACCAUCGUACAGCUUAGUUAUUCAAUCUUCGGUCGAACUUCGCGAGAAUCAUUCUUCAAGACAUGGACAACCUGGAUAUCGACCUAGAGUCGGCUGAAACAGCUGCUUCACAAUGCCUAUCACGACACGCCACGUCAAGUUCUGCCAGCACUUCGCGGACGGGUUCUACCAACGAGGGCAUCAUAAGACAUCUGACGCAGACGGAAAGGCUGCAGUCUCAGCGCUUGCAGCAUGUCCAUACCGUGGGAUCCAUUCCUGGCUCCCGCACCGAGAGCAAAGCCGAGUCCGCGCCCCUUCCGUCAUUCGGGGGUGGCAAGCCAUACCCUCCUGCCAUUCCUGCAGAACGAGAGGCUUAUGUGGUUGAUUUUGACGGUAUUGACGACCCGUCACAUCCUAUGAACUGGUAUUGGCGCAAGAAGCUGGCUAUCGCAGCAGUAGGAGCCCUUGCCUGCCUAUGCUCGACAUUCGGGUCCGCUGUUCUUUCGCCCGCCACAGGACGAAUCGCGGAAUACUUUUCCGUAUCUGUUGAAGUCAGCUCACUAUCAAGUGCCCUCUAUCUCGCUGGUUAUGGAGUGGGACCAACUCUCUGGGCGCCUCUUUCAGAGCUUCGGGGUCGCAAAUUGCCCCUCCUUCUUGGUAACUUUGGGUUCUCAAUCUUUGCCACCGCUACUGCAGUCUCAAAGGACGUUCAGACUCUAAUGAUAUGCCGCUUCUUCAUGGGUGUGUUUGGAAGCAGCCCAAUCGUCAUUGUCGCCGCUGUCUACUCUGACAUGUACCGAGCGGAGCAACGGGGCAUAGCUCUAACGGUAUUCGCGGUGGCAGUCUUCCUUGGACCAAUGGUAGCUCCAAUCGUUGGGGCGUUCACUGUCACAAGCUACCUAGGCUGGCGAUGGGAUGGCUACUGGUCCAUGAUUAUGGGAUUUGCAACAUUCCUCCUAAUCGUCUUGGUCGUCGAAGAAACAUACCCGCCGGCGGUGCUUGUGUCGAAAGCAGAGCUUCUGCGCCGGCGAACGAAGAAUUGGGCGAUCCACGCUAAGCAGGAAGAGAUCGAGAUUGAUAUCCAGGAGAUGAUCGAGAAAAACCUGACCAGACCCCUCCGUAUGCUCGUCACGGAGCCUAUCCUCCUCCUGAUCGGCUUCUAUCUCUCUUUCGUCUACGGCUUGAUGUAUGUUACCUUAUCAGCAUAUCCCUUGGUCUUCCGGGAAGUCCAUGGUAUGACGCCAGGAGUUGGAAGCCUUCCAUUCCUAGGAAUUGCUUUAGGUAUGGUCAUGGCAGGCAUUGCAUCAAUCUCCAUGAACAGCCGCUGGGUCCGGAAGUAUCGAAGCAACAACAGCAGAGCCUUACCCGAAUGGAGACUGCCUCUGGCCAUGAUUGGCGGCGUUGUCUUCACGAUUGGCCUAUUCUGGCUUGGAUGGACCGGAGCAUAUCGUACCAUUCACUGGAUUACGCCGACAAUCGCCGGCGUCCUUGUUGGGUUCGGCCUCUUGUCGAUAUUCAUGCAACUCGUCAUGUACCUUAUCGAUGCUUAUCUUAUGUUCGCUGCUUCCGCCCUUGCGGGAAACACCAUCAUACGGUCUCUUUUCGCAGCUGCCUGUCCUUUGUUCGACCGGCAAAUGUUUGAAAAUAUGAAGAUCCAGUGGGCGUUUACACUGUUGGGCGUUAUUGCUGCAGUCCUUGUACCCGUGCCUAUAUUUUUGCACUUAUAUGGCCCAAGAAUCCGACAGAAGAGUAAAUGGGCUCCAACGUUCUCUUCUCCGCCCCAACGGAAUAACGAGCAGGAGGAGACGGGCCUUGGUCAGAAAAGCCUAGAAGAUGCAGCGUAGGAAGAGCAAGAAAGCAAAAGGCGUUGAUGUGGCGUUAGCACAAUUUGUGGAUAUACCCAGCAUAUCUUUGAGAUCUUUGACUGGAGCACUGCCUAGGAAAUAAACUGGCUAGCAC